AUGGAGAAGAACCCCUUGUUGCUCCAACAUGACACCCUUCACCACAUGCUCCUCUCCAUUAAAGGUUCCAACACUGCAGCCCUUGCCUUUUCCCUUGUGAGGUCCAUGCUCGGGUUCAGGCUCUUUGAGGAGAAUUGUAGGGCAGCUCUUGAGGAGAGAGUAGAGUUCAUGAAUCCUGAUGUUGGUGCUUGCAAUGCAGCACUGGAAGGUUGUUGUUGUGAGCUUAAGUUUGUAAGUGAUGCUAAGAGGGUCAUGGGUACAAUGUCAAGUUUAGGGGUUAGGCCUGACGAGUCCAAUUUUGGGUUUCUAGGGUAUUUGUAUGCACUCAAGGGGUUGGAAGAGAAGAUUAAGGAGUUAGAUGUUUUGAUGGGCGGGUUUGGCUGUUUGAACAAGAAGGGUUUUUAUUGUAAUUUGAUUAAGGGUUACACUAAGUCUGGGAAUUUGGCUUCUGUGGAGGCCACUAUUGUUAGACUUCUGAAUGAUGGAUGUGGGAAGGAUUGGGGUUUUGGUGUUGAAACUUUCUGUGAAGUGAUUAAGGUUUAUUUUCAGAAGGGAAAUAUCAAGGGGUUGGCUAAUUUGAUUGUUGAAGCUCAGAAGAUAGAGGGUUCAAAUAUUGCGGUUGAUAGGUCUAUAGGGCAUGGUAUUGUUAAUGCGUGUGUUACUAUUGGACUAUCUGAUAAAGCACAUAGUAUUCUUGAUGAGAUGAAUGUUCAGGGGCUUCUGUCAGUCUUGGGGUCUAUAUACCUAUCUUAA